GAUCAAGCAAUUGAACCUCAAAUUGCUCAAGAUAUACCACGUAGGUCAGACCGGAUACGUAAUCCUCCGGUCAGAUAUGGAUUUCUCAUGUCUGAUGAAGGUGACGUCUUGUUGGUAGAUCAAGGCGAACCAGAGACCUACCUCGAGGCAAUUACAUGCCCCGAAUCCGAUUUAUGGCUCGAAGCCAUGAAAUCUGAAAUGGAGUCUAUGUACACAAACCAAGGAAGAGGUGCCGAUGGAGAAAGUCGGAGAUAAGUUAAUCCCCAAGACCGAGGAUGAAUUUGAUGCCGAAGACAUCAAGAAAGUAGGGAAUUAUGCAAAGGCAAUAAACAUGCUCUACUGCGCGGUCAAUCCCGAUGACUAUCGUAAAAGCUCCUGCUGCACAACCGCCAAGGAGAUGUGGGAUAAGCUCGAGGUAACAUACGAAGGCACGGACCAAGUUCGGGAAGUGAAAAUUGACUUCCUAACGCAGGAGUACGAGAUGUUCAGGAUGAAACCAGGCGAGAAGAUCGACGACAUGUUCAAUCGCUUCUCGAAGAUCAUCAAUGAUCUUCACGCCCUAAAGAAGACGUAUGCCAACAAGGACCUCGUGAGGAAUAUCCUGCGGAGCCUCACCCCCGAAUGGAGAUCAAAGGCCGACGCCAUCUAUGAAUCCAUUGGAGUCUCCAACGUAACCAUCGAUGGAUUAAGAGGUAACCUUAAAACUUAUGAAUCUACAAUUCUAACCCCGUCUUUGGAUGAACAAAAGAAUAAAGGGUUUUUAAUUGAAGAGGGAUCAAGUGAUGAAGACAACGAGUUUGACCUCAUCAUCAAGAAAUUCCACAAAUUUAUGAAGAAAGAGCACGAGCGCAAAGGAAAGAAACACGACGAUUCCCCGAAGUGCUAUGGCUGUGGCGAGAUUGGCCACAUCAAACCGAGAUGUCCAAAAGCCAAGAACGCCAAGGACAAAAAUGGGCUCAAGAAGCAACGAGCAUACAUCUCUUGGGGAGGAGACUCCGGCGAUGAGUGAAGCGAGCAAGAGGAAGACGAGGAAGCAAACCUUUGUCUCAUAGCUCAAGAAGAAGAGGAGUCAUCCAACGACAGAAACCAAGAGGUAUGUAUUUCUUCUACCGAUUCUUAUUCUCUUGAAGAAAUGCAAGAAGCUCUCCAAGAGCUUUAUGACGAGUUUGUUAGCGCUUCUAAAACCAACAAAGCUUUAAAGAAAUGUUUUUCUAAUCU